AUUGAAUGUCAAAGCAUCGCAGGCAAAAUUAUCGGUAUAGUGAACGAUGGCUGAAAAUUUGGGAAAACGACCAUCGAAGGGUAUUCUGAAAACCUCUUCAAGUUUUGAGAAGCCGGAUGCACCGAAGAGGAAACAAAAAGAGACAAAAUGGGAUGAAAUGAAUAUAAUAGCAACACUUCAUCCACCUGACAAAGAGUAUGGCCAUAUGAAGAUCGAGGAACCCAAAACACCAUUCAACUGGGUUGAUGAAGAUGCAAUGGUAGAUGAACUUGAUGCGGCUGUACUCGCAGAGAAAAUUCGACUUGAGGCAACAAAGCCACCAAAAAGCAUUGAAGAAGAUUCAGAAAGCGAAGAAGAUAGUGAAGAUGAAACUGAUGAAAUGAAAGCCAAGCGUGUGGCAUUUGAAAGCAAGCGAAAAGCUCACUACAAUGAGUAUUAUGCUGUAAAACUUGCUCGGAAGCUGAUGGAGCAAGAGGAAGAGGUUGAAGAAGAUGAUUACUGUGAGCAUGACGAAGCAGUAGAAAUGGAGGAGGAUGAUAAACAUGCACAACAAACGACUGAGAACAGUGCCAGUGCUUCAAAUAUGAACUGUGUCACAGUACCUGCAGCAACAGGACAUUGCAGUUAAAUCUUUCUGGAUUGUGUUACUAACUGGAUCUUAUUUAAAACAUUACAGACUGGUGUUCAUCUGUGUCCAUUAAGUUUAAUUUAUCAAAAGAAACAAUACUUUUCCCCCUUCCCAAAUGACAAAACUGAUCAGUAAAAGUAUAACAUUGGUUUUUGACAUUAAUUGCUAAAUGUGAAUGCACAAUUAAAUGCAGCUAAAAAUUUUAAUAUAUAUAUAUAUAAAUGUAUGUAUGUAUCAGAUGUAAAAACCCUUCAGUAUUUUGUCCAAUAUAGGGCAUAUAUAUGUGUGAGAUUUGAAAAGUGGAAGCUGGAAUUCUUUUAGAACUGAAAUCUUUUUUUCCCGGUAGAUUAAUGCUUAAGUUUGUAACAAAACUGAGGUUACUUAGAAAAAAAUUAGGGAAAUUUGAAGUCUGAGGAUUGGUGGGCUGUCACUUACCAGAUGAA